GUUUCCGUAUUUGCAAGCAAGUUAACGUUUGUGAUAAAAAGGUCAUGGACAGAGGUGAGUUUGUUACAGAUAGAGCGGGCAAUCCAGAGGGCACGGGAAAAGGGGAGUCUUGUUCUAGGAAGAAGAGGAAUAGUAACUAGAUUGGGGUUCCGGGUGUGAUGUUCAAAGGAAAAGAUGGCUGCCCAUGAUUUGGGGAAAUGUCUCCAAAUGUUAGGAGAAGCAGAAGGGUGAGAGAGGUAAUAUGGGAGUAUGACUUAUAUGGAGGGACAGGUUCCAGUGUCCUGGAGGUUUUAUUAGUAUGUGGGUUCAGAAUUAGC